CAGUGCGUUUACCAUUGUAGUAGUGAACGUCUCGAAAGUUUCUCGAAACUAACCUUAAACUCAAAAAAUUUUUAGUUCGCCUCGUGCCAAAAUGUUUUGUUAAAAAGUAAAAAUAUUGAAUCAAUAUGAUGGAUUAUUUGAAACGACCAGUAUUCGAAGUGGGAAAUAUCAACGAAAAGGAUAUUAAUCUUUCAUUGCCACCUACUUCCGGAGAGGAAUACAUUAAACGAGUGAUAAUAGAAGCCCAACAAUGUGCAGAUGUAGUGGUGGCUGAUAUAGAUCUAUCAUGUACAAAACUGUCAAGAGGCUGCGUUAAAACUUUAGCAGGAUGUGUUGAAGCUCCACCGAGUCUCAGCCCAACCUUGGAAUGGCAACAGUAUCAAGUUUCCGAUUUUUCUGACAUAAGAUUGUAUGUAAGCCAACUGAAGGAUGAGAUACAAGUGGGUAAACGUAAAUGGAAGAUACCUGACAUUAAUUUGCCUAGCAUAAAUGAUCGAGAAGGUUGGAUCAGCUUCUGUUUAGGUAAUAAAGAGAAAAUUGAACCCACAUUAAAUACUCUGUUUUGCUUCAAUCAAUCAACUGUGGAGCAAGUACUUGAACAUCUUGUGCACUUUGUGGAAACUGAAAAGAGAAUCGAAUACAAAAUAGGCCAGUGGAUCUAUACAUUACUCGCGAUCUUGGAGCAACCUUUGCAGCCUGAUACCUGUUCCUGCUUGCGUUCGUUGGCACGAGCGUGUUCCGUCAUCCGCGCAGAUUCUAGAAAACUGGACGCGCAGGAGCUAGGGGCGUUGAAUUUAUUCAUCUGUUUAGUAGCGAGAUACUUCCGUCAAUUAGAUUUGGCAGAUCCUUAAGAAUUUUCCAAUACAUAAUUAACCUAAUUAUUCAUAACACAAUGUGACACGUGUACACAUACAAUAAUUUUAAUAAAGUGAAUUACGUU